AUGUUCACUUUUCCUCUACUUCUCCUACCUCAUUAAUCACCUCACCCCCAAAAACCUCAAAAGAAAAACCUAAUUUUUUUUUCUUAUUUUUUUCAAAUUCAAAAAAAAUCUGAAUCGAUUUUAUGUAUGGAAAUGGAAUCUAACGCCGGAAAGAAGAAAUCGUCGGGUCUGCUGGCGCCGGGUUUCCGGUUCCACCCGACGGACGAGGAAUUGGUCCGAUACUAUUUGAGGCGAAAAGUCUGCGGCAGAGGUUUUCGCUUCGAUGCCAUUUCUGAGAUCGAUAUUUACAAAGCCGAGCCAUGGGAUCUUCCUAGCUUUUCGAAGCUGAGGAGUAGAGAUUUGGAGUGGUAUUUCUUCAGUGUGCUGGAUAAGAAGUACGGUAAUGGAUCAAGGACGAAUCGAGCGACUGAGAAAGGAUAUUGGAAGACAACUGGAAAGGACAGGGCUGUGUACCAUAGAACCCAAGUUGUGGGUAUGAAGAAAACUCUCGUUUAUCAUAGUGGUCGUGCUCCAAAGGGCUUAAGAAGUAAUUGGGUAAUGCAUGAGUACAGACUUAUCGAUAUGGAAUUGGAGAAAGCUGGCAUUGUCCAGGAUGCAUUUGUUCUUUGCCGAGUGUUUCAGAAGAGUGGUUCAGGGCCGAAAAAUGGUGAACAGUAUGGGGCUCCAUUUAUGGAAGAGGAAUGGGAGGAUGAGGAGUGGGCUCCAAAAUCGGAGAGUGCAGAGGAGGUUGACUUUGGUGACGAUAUUUAUUUGGAUGGCCAUGAUCUUGAGCAGAUUCUUGGAUCAGAUAUUGCAUACGAUGUUUCUCCCCUUCCAUUGACUAUCAACUCUGCAGAUGGCAGCUUUGUUGAAGAUUCUGCAGAGUCUCCAAAUGACGCCCCAAUGCCCGUGUCGAUUGCAGGUGAACAAUAUUACGAACAAGAGCAACUUGAAGAUAAAUACUUAUGUGAUUUGCCCGUUCCGUAUGAUAUGGAAGUGAGAGCAGUCAAGCAUGAAUACAUCGGUGAAUCCAGCAAGUCUGGAAUUUCUGAUGAAUUUGAUUACUUGCUCGAUGAACCAUUACGGGAUUCUUCGGCGGACCUUCAAUACGGCAAUGGAAGUUACAUUGAAGCUGAUGAAGGACACAUUGAAACUAAUGAUUUAUCGAAUCCUGUUGAAACUAAUAACUCUCCUUUUGACAUGGAGGAGUACCUUUCAUUCUUUGACGCCAACAAUGACAACUCGGACCACUUUAUGUUUGAUUCUUCGAUGAUUCUUGAAAAUGAGGACCUUGUUUCUGAUCAAACAUUGCUUCUUCAAGAGGAACUGGAUAAUGGAACUGAGCAAUGCAAUCUACCGAGUGAACAACUUGACAACAACAACAACGACAACAGUUCUGCAUCAUCAUCUGAUAAUCUAGACUCUGCGAAAUAUGAAUCUGAUUAUAAGUACCCGUUUAUGAAACAGGCAAGUCAAAUGUUGGGAAAAAUCCCAGCUCCACCAGCAUUUGCUUCGGAAUUCCCUUUAAAAGAUGCAGCUCUCCGUCUCAAUUCUCUAUCGCAACCCUCGAGUUCUGUUCAUGUUACAGCUGGCAUGAUUCAGAUAACCGAUGGUCGUGGGGGAGACCAAUUGUUGGGCAAGCAUGAGAAUUUCAACAUCGUUCUUUCUUUUGGCUUUUCAGCCAAUAUGGACUCUAGUUUUAGCGCACUUCCAGGAAAGGCUGCCUCGACGGUUUCUAGGGGUUGGCUCUACUUCAUGUUUCUUUGGGUCCUGAUUCUCUCGGUGAGCUUCAAAAUAGGGAUCUGUAUAUGUGCGAAAUAGACUUUUCUUGAAUUGCCACAGAAAAUACUUACUCUAAAAUACAGUUGCAUAAAGGUAAAAGCUCAUUGUCAGUGCAAUUGUGAUUGCACGAGCUUUUCGAGUAAUUUAAACAGACAUUAAAUGUUGAAAUAGGUUGUUAGGACAAAGUAGAUUAUUUCGGAGGUGGUGGUGGUGGUAGCACGUACCGUUAUGAAUUUGUUUGGUGAACUAAGUUUCUUGAUUAAGGGAUAACUGCAUUAGACACUAGUUCUGCGAUUUUAUUUAAUUUCCAGAUUAUGAUCUUGUCAUAUUUUAAGUGGAGUUGUAUGCAUGUUUUUUAUAUGCAAAGUUAAAAAUUUGGGGA